UGCUUUUCGUAGUAAUAGAAUAGAUGAUCCUACACCACGCCACGGGAGAUAGAAAUUUCUCUGAUCACGCGCACCUUUAAUAAAACGGAGCAAAGAUGGCGGCUGAGCGUGUGGUUUAUUAAUAGGAUGAUACAAACAAACAUAUUUUGUAGCUUUACAGACGUCUUUGGUGCGACGAUGUACAAAAUGCAUUUUUAAUGAAAAAAAUUGUAACGCGAAAGUGAAAGAGACGUCUUUCAGACGAAAUUAGUUGGACGUCUUCUACCAGACGAUGAGGCCCUCUGCCGUAGAAACGACAUUUUUAUGCGGUCUCAAGAAAAACGUACUCGGGACGUCUAUGCGACCUACAUGCUUUGAAGAUAAACGGAGUUUAUGCAUUGAGCCGCGUUGAAAAAGACGGGCUUCAGUCGUACGACUAGACUCUUAGGUUCCUAAUUCGCCGAAUCUCCGUAAACCAUACUCGUAAUUAGUCAAUGUCAAGAAAUAUGUAAGUGGCUAUCUUCACACGCCGUUAAUCGUGUCGUCAACUGCGUUCUUCCCGCCAACAGGAAGGCCAAAUUUUUUUGGAUUUUUUUUGCCAAAUCGCGAACCAACAAUCGUGAUAGUUUGAAUGUUUGUGGCCAACAAAUAAUUACGCAUCGAUUAGGUUCUAGAAGAAUGAAAUUCGUUAAUAAAUAACAAAUAGUUGUUCGGCUAACUUUACGGGAGAAAUUGUUUAUAAUAUUAUAAAAGAAAACUAUCAUCCAACAUCAGUGAAACCAUAAUUUAAAAAGUCAUUAUUAGUCGGCCAACUUCAUACCAGUUCUCCCCCUACUCAUCUCUGAAUGCGAUGGGUGGAGCUCAUCUGCAUACACCACAAUCCAUCUUUCAACAUAUGAUGGGGCAGCAGAAUGCACCACAGCAGGUUGGGCCAUGGUUGCAGGUUCCACAAAUGCCAAUGUCAAUUCCAUGGAGUGUUGCAGCAGUACAACAACCUGAUCUGGUCAGAUUUACUGGAGAACGGCAACUGUCAACCUAUGGUCCAGCCAUGCGUCAGAAGAGGAAACUUGAUACACCGGAUGUAGCAGAUACAAGACAUACAAAGCAGUUCAUUACAGAAGAAAAGAUGGCUGCACAUUUUAGUGAACUCCACAUAAGCACAAGCGAUUGCAAUCAUAAUCCUAUGCCUUCAACAUCAUCAGGUUCUAAGCCUGAGUUAUCUGUAGACAAAUCUGAUACAUACGCCGAUUUGGACAUGGAUGGCAGUAAUUCAAUAAGUCUAGAACAAUCCAACAGUAUAGAACCCAGAUUGAUCAUUUCAGAAGAGCUUAGAAGAUUUCGGCAUGAACCUAUCUUGCCCAAUGCUAUUCUUUCAAAAUUGGAAAGGCCCUCCAUGGCUCUAGUACUUUGGGAACCACCAAGUAAACAUCUUCGAAUCUUACCAACACCCCGCGACACACCAACACCCAUUCCCACAGUGUCUGACGACAACAAUAAUCGCAAUAAUAACGGCAGCAGCAGCAGCAGCAACAACAACAGUGAGAGUAUUUCUGAUCUGAAUGAAGCAUUGUUUGCCGAAACCUCAACAAUAGUUCUAGAACCUAUGGAUGAAUAAAGACCGUAAGUGGGACCUACUAUACGUUUUUUUAAAGGUUGGUGUAUAUGACAUUGAAGGACAAAUAAUGUGUUCAUCGAUUACGAAAUUUUCUUAAUAAUUUCUGGACUAAAAUCAGCAAGCGCUUUAUGUGCUCUACAAGUUCAGAGUUUAUGCUUCUUGAAAGUUUGUCAAAUAAGUGAAGUGGUCCAAAAAAAUGUAGAAAGAUUCUGUGUGGAUACAAUAUGUGAUACUCUUGCAAUUAAUAUUACAGUGGGGAAAGACUUUUAUUUAUCAUUUAUUUGUCCAUUGUGCUGCCCAUUACAAUACAACUGUACAUUCAAUUGCUUAUCAACUCAAUUUUGUUGUAUAGAAAUAUAUUGGAAUACAUGGGUUUUUCUUUAUAAUUUUCAGAUCUGUCUAUAACAUCACUAUUGCAAUGUUGCAUCCCAACUGCGUGUCACAUUUUAAUAUAUUAGAGUUUCUUAAAACACAGAAGUGCAAGAGGCACAAAGUAUUUUAAUGUUUUUUCUUGAAAUUUAUUCCCGUAUAUCAAGUUAGUCUGUACAAGUUCGAUAAUCUUGGUCUUAUCUAUCGAUAGGUUUUGUUUCUGAUUCUUAUUAUUUGUAAUUCUGUACACAUUUGGCAUAUUGUAAAUAGUAAUUCAUAAUGGGGUUGAUAAUUAAGAAAUUAAGCCAUUAGCUUACAUUAGAAUAUUAAAUUCAUUAGCUCAUAUAAAGUGUAGAACUAAUUGGAAUUACAUCUUUUAUAAUAUUAGCAUUCAUAGGUGUAAUUAUGUUUUUUUUCUUAUUCGCGAAUGAAUAUAUUAUGAGUAACAAAUAUUCAUAUAUGACAUAUCACCGAGAAGAUAUUAUUAAAGAGGACCAGCCCUUUGUAUUCUGUGUCUGAAACGAACUGUAUGACAUUUAAACCUUCCAGUAGAAUUUCUAUGAUAGAUUGAGCAUAUCAUAUCAUAUCAACACUUUACCCUAUUAACCGUUAGACAUAAAGUCCCAUAAAGUUAGCCCUCUUUACUAGUAUCUACUGGUGGAUAUAUUGUAAGAGAAUUAAUUAAUAAUGAAGUACGAUUGAGCCAUUCUGUAUGAAAUGAAUGUUCUAAGGAAAUCUAAGGAAAUUUAAUCUAUUUCAUAUUGAAAGUCAUAAAUAUUUUCGUUUCUUUUUUCCAUGUAAUAUUAUUGACAUUUUCUCUCACCCUAUAUUAUUCGUUGAAUGUCUUUUAUUGAAAUCAAUUAUCAUUGCUACUCAAAGAUAUGUGUAAAAGAUUUUAUUUUUUUGAACAUAUUAGAGAUUAUUGCUUAUAACAAUUGUUUUAUUUUUCCUUAAAAAAUAUGUCACUGGGUCACAGAUUUUUAUGUCAAGAAAGUGUAUGAACCUUUCUGUACAAUUUACAAGAAAUAAAAUUAACAGCAGGCACAGACUUCUUUAAAUUUAAUUAAAGCAAUCCGGAAUACGUUAUCGCAUGAGUGUGGUAUGUGUGAAUGUAGUUGUGAAAAAUAAUGUGAUUGUAAAAAGAAUAAUGAUAUAACUGAACACGAUAUCGUUACAAAUAAUUAUUACAGCUUUUAAAGACAACAUAAAAUGUGCAACGGUAAUAAAAUUCUUCUACGUCCAGUC